UAUUUACACAAUCCAACACAAGUGGAGGGGAGGAUAAGUUUGAUGAGAAGCUUGAGGCAUUCUCUCCGAUUCAUGUAUGUGUAAAUCCAAGAUGGCUGUCCAAGCAUCACAACCAACACCAACGCCCUCUAGAAGAAGCACAACCUCCACCCAAACCAAACCCUCAUCAUCCUCACGGGCCCCACAACACUCCAGCUCAUCAACCAACACCUCCUCCUCCUCCGCCUCCUCCUACCGUCUCGACACCUCAGUCGCCACCACAUCCGCCCUCUCCUCCCUCACCUCCUUCCGUAACUCCUUACCCGAGAACCCUCACAUUUACAGCUUCUCCGAGAUCCGCGCCGCCACCAACAACUUCCUCGCCAAGCGAUUCUCCUCCACCUCCUCCUCGCCGUCCUGGCGCGCCACUCUCCGCGGCAAACAAGUCGUCAUUUUCCAACGCAACUUGUCCAGACUCAUCCAAAAUUCUGAGCUCAAAACGAUGCUCUCCACCGUCUGUCGUAGUCAUCACGUCAGUAUCAUCAAACUCCUAGGCGCUUCCAUCUCCGCGGAUCAUAUCUACCUGGUUUACGAAUUCAUCAACGGCGCCAGCUUAUCGGAUUGUCUCCGAAACCCUAGGAAUCCUGAUUUCACCGUCCUUUCCACCUGGAUGUCGAGGAUUCAAAUUGCGACAGAUUUAGCACACGGACUCGACUACAUUCACAACAAUACAGGACAGGAGGUUAAUUUAGUCCACAAAUAUGUCAAGAGCAGUAGCGUUGUUGUUACGGAGCCUUCGUUCAACGCGAAGAUCUGUCAUUUCGGAGCUGCUCAGAUUUGCGGUGAAUCCAACACUAAACCUCAUUCCAAUCGUGAUCAUUUACCUGAUUCGCCGAUGGAUCCGAAAAGAUCGGCGAAUUCGCGGUUUCAAUUCGAAGGAGUUAGAGGAUAUAUGUCGCCUGAGUUUCGAUUAUCCGGCAUCGAAACGCAGAAAUCUGACGUGUAUGCGUUUGGAGUUGUUUUACUCGAGCUUUUGUCCGGUGAAGAGCCGUUCAAGUACAGGUUUGAAAAGCAGAGCGGGGAUUAUAGGAGAAUUUCUGUGAUUGACGCGGCGGUGGAGGCGGUGGAGGGCGGUGGAGACACGACGGAGGGACGGUUGCGGAGGUGGAUUGAUCGGAGAUUGAAGGACUCGUUUCCGGUGGAUGUGGCGGAGAAGUUGACGCGUUUGGCAUUAGAAUGUGUUGAGGUGGAGCCGGAGAAGAGGCCGAAUAUGGGGAGAGUUGCCGGCAAGAUAUCGAAAUUGUACUUGGAAUCUAGGGUUUGGUCGGAGAAAGUUAGGGUUCCGACGGAGUUUUCUGUUUCUUUUGCACCGCGGUGAAAAUGAACACGAAAGUGACAGUAAAAGUUGAUUAGUACGGGAGUGGUCAUUUGAUAAGUUUUACUAGUAAAAGUUUAUAAUUUAUUUCAAAUUGUCUUAAUUGUAACUUACCUGUUCGAAUAGUCCUGCUUAAUUAGGAUUAAUUUAUUAACCACUGCUUUAUACAUCAAGCAAUCACCAUUAUCUCAA